AUGUUCCCGAAUGAGGUCGAGAUCCGGAAAAGGAUGUUUCGGCGGAAAAAGGGGCAAUUCCUUGUGCCGGGACCAAACUAUCAGUGGUGCAUUGACGGUCACGACAAGCUGAAGGCAUACGGAUUCGAGAUAUACGCCGCAAUCGACGCCUACUCACGCAAUAUCAUCUGGUUCUAUGCUGGCCACUCCGCUACAACGGCUUUGAGUGUCCUGAAACAGUACUUAACCGCGUGUGACGCCUAUGGCUUCCGGUCAUGGUAUCUGCAGGCAGACAAAGGCAGCGAAACCCCGCUUAUCGCAGCAGCCCAUUGGAACUUUGCUUUGGCCGCAGAUGGGCGGGUAGAGUGGAAUGGGCAAGUCUUCCAGAAGGGAAGCGCCUGA